UAUUUGCGUAUGAGAGGCUGACGAGACGACCCAUCAUAUUGUUGAGUAUUUGCGCGCGCCACAUAUUCUAAUUUAGCACCAAAGCAAAAGCACUCAAUCAUCGGGAAAGAGAGGUGCUUAUUUUAGAGACGGCACGCCGCGUGCCUUGGAUGUGAGUCAGGAAUUCCCGCAGCGCUCGCUUGCUUUGUUCCACGCAUAAACCAAAAAGACCACCAGAAUGAUUUAAUCAAACAGCUUUUGAAUUAAUUCUAUAUAAACUUUUGGCUCGAGAUAUAGGAUCGUCUCUUCUUUUUGCGGUCAAAUGUCAGAGUUUUAUUAUCAAACACUUCUCGAGUUGCGCAUUCAAAAGUUAGCAAACAAAUGUGAGCCACGAUUCUAAAAAUACUUCAGAAAUCAAUUUCAGGCGAGGAAUGACGUCUUCUUAUUUCCGAGCAGCCUUGCUUUUGAUACUUGCAAUAAUUUCGCUUCUCUCUGAAUCGACCUUAUCUGAUGCGCCUCAGUGCAAAGUCUCCGAAAGAAAAAUUCUGCCAACUCCUUUUUACAACGAAGGCGAAAAUUUGAGUUUUACAAAUUGUGGGCUUUGGAAUGGAAGCAAACCGCCGUGGAGAGUUCGGAUCUUCAAUGGAUCUUUCAGAUGCAAGGGCGUUCUUAUCUCGAACACAAACAUCAUCACUCACGACUGUAUCAAGAUCAUGGCUGAAUUUGAGAGAGAUGGAAAAAAUGCAACUGUGUACUUGGGAAAUUGUUACGAGAAUUACAGAUACGCCAAUUGCAUCAAAGAUGGAAAGGGAUUGGCACUACAGGUGAAGGCAGCGGUGCGGAUUGAUGUUCAGCCACGAAACAAAAUUUAUGUCUGGACUAUUGAAAAAGCAAAACUGGUCGAAAACGUAAUUUACCCAAUUUGCUUAAUCAACCAGAAUAACUCCGAGUACAUGUAUAGAAACGAAUCAUUUCUCAUUUACAACGACUUUUGGCCGAAUUUUACGAAGCGUAUUGAGUUGAUGACGGCGGAAAACUGCAUGAAUUCUUGGUAUCAGGAAGAAGACUGCCCAUUUUUUAACCACAUCCUCUGUGCGAGCUUGGAUAAAUAUUAUGUAAACGACAUUAGCCAAACCGGGGAUUAUCUUUUAAAUAUCCAUUCGGGUCGUUAUUUCCUAAGUGGAGUCACACAUAGGCAAUACGGACUGCAAGGGCGUUCCCACGGCUUUUCCGACUUGCUGCCGGUUGUUCACAAAAUUGUUUCACAAACAAAAGGAGUGUGGAUUAUGCCGGAAAUACCACCAGUCAAGAAAAGAAGAAAAUUCAGAGGCCAAAAUCGAGAGAGUUUUCCAAAUUGUGGUACAAACAAUUUAAGACGGAGUCGGCGAGACAUCGAUGAAUCGGACGAAGACGAGGAACCCCUGAGCUUCAUUGUUCAUGGAUUUGAAGCUUCGUUUGAAGGACAACCGUGGCACGCAGAAAUUAGAUACAAUUAUCAAUAUUAUACACCAUAUUUCCAUGGUUUUUGCGGCGGGUCUCUUAUUUCAAGAAAAGCGGUUUUGACAGCUGCCCACUGUCUCUACAAUGCAGGAAUACUUCUUGAAAAAGACGAGCUAGUUGUUACUCUUGGUUUAUAUGACGUAAAAGUUCGUUUCUCGCCUUCGAUUCAGUCAAAAAUACCCAGCAAUUUAACUUUGCAUCCUGAUUUCGACCCAAACUCACUCGCACAGGAACAUGACAUUGCCAUUCUUCUCUUCGACCUAGGAUUUGAAUUGACCAACAGCGUGUGGCCGAUUUGUCUUUGGGGCAGAUCUUAUUCAAUUGAUACAAUUGUCAACGCAAGAGGAAUUAUGGUCGGAUGGGGCUACAAUGAAAAGUAUGUUCAGUCGGACAUUUUGCAAAGGGCAAAUUCACUAGUUCGAUCUCACAGAGAGUGCUACCUGAGCAGAAGACAAUUCUUUGGCACAUAUUUGAAGCCUGGCGUUAAUUUUUGUGCUGGUUUUACAAAUGGAACCAGCUCUUGUAAUGGAGACAGUGGUGGUGGAUUGGCACUGAAAAUGGGCAGAAUUUGGUACCUGCGAGGCAUCGAAAGCUUUGGCCGCGGAUUGGAUCUAAAGAGGGAGAAUGGGGAAAUAGAGAGAGUCUGCAACCCAAAAUCCUACUCUCUGUAUACUGAUCUAGGCAAUUAUAUGGACUGGAUUGUCGAAAACGUCCCUGACAUUCAUUAGUAAUUUUGUAAUAUGAUGUAUUGAAAAUAAUUACAAUUAAAUAUUGGAAUAAAUAUAUAAUGUAAUAAAUUAACUA